AUGGUUAACUAUACCGACGUUGCUCAAGAGAGUCUUACUCUGGGCAAAAGGACUGAUGCGGCUGUUAAACAGGCUGGGCCAUCUGUCGCCACUCAGGGGGCGUCCAAGCAAAUCCCUUCGCAGACCGAGAAGGCCGCUGAGGCUUCUCUCACUGCGAAGAAGGCGGGAAACGGGUGA